UUUCGCGAACGCAGAAUGUGCCGGUACGAACCAGAGAACGGAUGAUUUUUAUACCUCUCAUCCUUUCUCUCUCCGAAAAGCUCAUUUCAUUCACUGAACACGAGGUUUCGUUCGCGAAUAAUAAAAUAAUCAACACUGCGACAAAAAAAUUAUCCUCCGAAGAAAUAUAAUUAAAAAAAAAAAUAGUUUCUCAAAAGUUUUUCGUAUCAAAAUUUUAGUCUCCUAAAAGUUUUCCGCAAAUUAAAAAUAUAGUUUUCCGAAAGUUUUUCGCAUCAAAAAUAUAAUUUCCCGUUGUUCGUAUUUAAAAAAUAGUUUUCUACUCAAAAAAAGCCUUUAAAAAAUGGAUAUCGAAAAAAAAUUAACAAAAAUUUCUUUUCCAUAAAAACUCUUUUUGAUCGUUCAGCAAAUGUCAAAGAAGCGAGAAGAAGAAAAUCAAGUUGAUGAAAGAAAGGAGAAUAAGAAGAAAUUAUUGGUGAGGAAUAAUCGUUUUUUGUCAUCCUCUUUUCAAUAAAUCCACCAAAAAAAAGAAAAGAAAUCCAACAAUGCUUCUCAAACUAAACGAAUAUCGGAAAAUAUGACCAAAAAUCCCCUUUUUUUGGUGUUUUGGAAAAGAAUUAAAAAUGUAAGUUCCGAACACAAUGGAGACAAAGUAAUAAACAAAAAAUGUUCAAUAAUUUCAAAUGAAAAGAAAUAAUUUUUGAACAAGAAAAAUAGAUUUAUUUUCAUCGAGAAAUUGAAGUGGGAUAGGAAUAAAGUAGAAAUUGAAGUGCAAAGAUAAAUCUUGUGAAAUCGGAAUCCUCUAUUCUUGGAUUAGAAAUUUUUGCUUCCGUCUACAUUGACUGUGAUUUAUUUGAAAACAAACUAAUCGAAGAGAGGAAGAAAGUGGUGGUAGAAAUUUUAAAGGCAAACACACUCGAUUCAAACAAUUCAAUAGUGACAAUGAAUCAUCAAACUUAAGGGUUGUCAGAUUCUUUUUUUCUUUUCCUUUCUUUUUUUUCUUUAAAAUCAAACAUUGGUUUUCCCAGAGAGGUGAAAAGUGAGUGAAAUUGCUUGAAUAUCAAGUCAAGAAAAUUACUGGAAAAUAUUGACGUCGAGGCGAAAUUUAAUAAAAGGGACUUCAAGUUAAUCAACAUCUCGUGUUUUUCUCUUCAAUUAGAUUGACUUCUGAAAAAAAAUUAUGAAGUGGAUUUUGACUUUUAUUGCAGUAACAGCGGCACUGCCGGCGGUAGUUCUAUCGCAAGUGGAUCGCAAUAAACCCAUGCCACGCUUGUAUGGGGAUAAAAUUCCCCCAAGAGUAUUAAUGCCAAGCAACAAAAAAGUUCAAAGGAAAAUCGUCCUUUAUCAUAACUUUUUUCGGUCUCAUGUAACUCCACCAGCUGCAAAUAUGCUCGCUAUGAAAUGGCAUUCAGGUGCAGCGAGAGCCGCGCAAAAAUGGGCUGAGGCCUGUCUUGCUCUAACUCACGAUAAUGCCACUGGUUUGCAUAUUGAUGCGUUCGGCACUUGCGGACAAAAUAUUUUUAUUUCAACCACCCAGGUCCCAUGGUUCUUCGCCAUAAAGACGUGGUAUUUGGAGAACAAAAUAUUCAGAUACGGACCAAGGGCUCAUAACGUACUCUCGAAGGUUGGACAUUACACUCAAAUGGUGUGGGCAUCGACACAUCAAGUGGGCUGUGGUUGGACGAAAUGUAACAAGAGUGUAGAACCACUUGGUGUUCCAUACUUCAGCUAUGUAUGCAAUUAUUGUCCCGCAGGCAAUUACGCCGACAGUCUAAGCACACCCUACACAGCUGGAGCGUCUUGCAGCGGUUGCAAGCACCACUGUCGCAUUGGUAAACUCUGCAAAAAUGCCUGUCCAUGGGCCGAUCUUUGGGCGAAUUGCCGUCAACUCUACGAAAGCCUGCCCGAUUGGCUUUGUCGCAGCGACACCGAACAGGGUUUGAAGCGACAGCAAUUUUGUCGCGCUACGUGUAAGUGUCGUGACAAAAUCUACUGAAAUAGUCAAAGAAUUAUACUCUCUAAAUUUGAAUAUCAGUUCAAAAUAACUGAUUUAGAAGCAGAAAGUCAGUUAUUUAUUUAAAUAGUAAUUAUUAGUCAAGUUUAACUAAUUUUCCAGUUAUUUUUAUUGGAAAUCAGUUAAAAAAAUAACUGAUUUAGAAGCAAAAAGUCAGUCACUGAUUUUCAGUUAAAAUUUUGAUUUUUAACUGAUUCAAAUUUAAGAGAGUACUGUAUAUGAAUAAGAAUACAUAAAAAUGGGAGGCUGUGACUCGUUUAGACGUGAGUAUUCUUUUUCUUGCUUUUUUAAACGCAAAAAUUAGAAGAAUUUAUUGAAAAUAAUUAUUUCUAGUUACAAAAUUGAAAGCAAACAAAUUCUAGAAACAAUUAAAAAUACAAACAACUCCUUAAAUCUGAA